AUGCGGGAUAGCUCCCUUAAGCGCUCUCUCGGGGUGGACCUCACCCGCUCCCUCAAAGAGUCACGCGUUCUUCUCGUCGGCGCAGGCGGCAUCGGCUGCGAGCUACUGAAAAACCUCGUCCUCACCGGGUUCGGCGAAAUCCACAUUAUCGACCUCGAUACCAUUGAUUUGAGCAAUCUCAAUCGUCAGUUCCUUUUUCGGCAUGAGCAUAUCAAGAAAUCAAAGGCCUUAGUUGCCAAGGAAGUCGCGCAAAAGUUCCGGUCUGACGCAAAGCUCGAGGCCUACCAUGCGAACAUUAUGGACGCCCAGUUCAACGUCUCGUGGUUCGAGUCCUUCAACGUUGUGUUUAAUGCGCUGGACAACAUCGCCGCAAGACGUCAUGUGAACAAGAUGUGCCUUACCGCCAAUGUACCCUUGAUCGAAAGUGGAACUACUGGCUUCAAUGGCCAGGUUCAAGUUAUUCAGAAGUCGGAAACCGAGUGCUAUGAUUGCACCCCGAAACAAACCCCGAAGUCUUUCCCCGUGUGUACGAUCCGCAGCAGCCCCAGCCAGCCGAUUCAUUGCAUCGUUUGGGCGAAGAGCUUCCUCUUGCCGGAACUUUUCGGCGAUAGCGAAGACGAGGCGCCGGAGUUAGACAACACAGAAGACGCCGAUAACGCAAAUGAAAUUGCAGACCUGAGCAAGGAAUCACUGGAGCUCAAAGAGUUGCGACAAUCGAUUGGCACUGAGGAAGCCCACGAGAAGAUCUUUGAUAAAGUUUUUCGAAGGGACAUAAUACGAUUACAGGACAUGAAGGAAAUGUGGAAGGAAAGGGAGGCACCGGAGCCCCUUGACUUUGCUCGACUCCAAGAAGAGUCCGCUUCGCUUCCCUCGACAAUCUCCACGCAGGAUCAGAAAGUGUGGACAUUGGGGGAGAAUUUCAGUGUUUUCAGGGAUAGCUUGAACCGGUUGAGCCAUCGUCUGAAGCAGCUUCAAGAAAAUAACCUCCCAGACCAAGAUUCCCCGAUCCUGACAUUCGAUAAAGAUGAUGUGGACACUUUGGACUUCGUUACCGCCACAGCUAAUCUACGAGCUGCUAUUUUCCACGUUGAACUCAAAUCCAAAUUCGAUGUCAAGCAGAUGGCGGGUAAUAUCAUUCCUGCUAUUGCAACAACCAAUGCCAUGACGGCUGGACUAUGUGUUCUUCAGUCAUUGAAGGUGUUUCAAAACAACUUGAUGCAGACCAAAAUGGUUUUCCUGGAGAGAUCCGGUGCUCGUGCGAUCAAUUCAGACUCAUUGAACCCCCCAAACCCUGAUUGCCCUGUCUGUUCCCCUGUGGUGGCUCGGGUCGAAAUUGAUCCUGAGGUAGCGACCCUUGAACACCUCAUCCAAGACGUUCUUCGGAUGGAGCUGGGUUAUGGUAAAGAGAUUUCUAUUGGUUUUGGUAGUGAAUCGAUCUACGACCCCGAAUUCACCGACGAUCUGACAAAAAGGUUGUUUGACCUCGGCAUUAAGAAUGAGAGCUUCAUCACGGUAUACGAUGAGAAUGAACCAGAGCGAAUCAAUCUCGAGCUGGUGAUAAUUGCAAGAAAUGAGCCAUCUUCCAAGGACUCCAAGCCCGCAACCCUGCAGAAGAUGGUCGAGAUACCUUUGAAGCCUAAGAAGCCUUCUACCGAUGAUGCCCCGAAGCUCGAACAGCCUGAACAGCCUUCUACCGAUGGGGCCCCGAAGCCCGAGCAGCCUGAACAGCCUUCUACCGAUGAUGCAACUGUGACUGGGAAGCGUAAGCGUGAGGGCUCAAGUGAUGUCGAGCCUAGUAGCCACGAUGCUAAACGGCUCGCCAGUGCAUCAGUUCCUGACUCGAAGGGCAUUGAAGCUAUCAUUCUUGACGAUGAUGCCAAUGAUGAUGAGGGAGGUGCCAUCAUGAUCGACGAUUGA